UAUAAGCAUCAAACCCAGUAUAGGGCCCCAGGGAAGCACAAGGCAGAUUUGAUCAGUCAGUAUAGAGGCCUAUUGAUUCUAUAGCCCCUGCCCCAUCAUUACACAGCUGUAAGUAUUCAGAGUGGGCAGAGUGGGCAUCCCAUACCAGGAAGUGCCUCACACAGUAUCAAGCCUUGGCCAAUAAGAGCAGGCCUAUUAGCUGAACUCAGCCCUGGCAGUUAACCAGCAGCAGCUUUUCAAACCCAACUAACCCAACUGCCGAGUAGCAGCAGAGGAGGGUACAUUGCAGAUAUAGCGAGCGGCCAUCUGAAACAUGGGCAGCAGCAGGGAAGUGAGUGAGUUACUAUUCAGUUUAGUAUCCAGUCUCCCUGAUAUGUCUACAGCCUUCAGAAAUAAGCCUUUCCCUGCAGCUUGCUGUGCCCAGUUGGCAUCGGGCAUGGAGAAUGUGGCUUUGCCCUCGGGCUGCACUGAUGCCCCUUUGCCCGCAGACAGUAUAAAUGCCCAGCCUGGGCCUGGGGAGGAGAGACAUACAGAGAGUGGGGCAGAUGGAGGAGCCAGUGAUACAUUAGCGAGUCUCCCUGCUUUAUCUACAGCUACUUGUUGUGCCCCGUUGCCCCCAAGAAGUGUAAAUGCCCAGCCUGAGAGGCCAAAGGGGAGUGAAGAUGAGACUGGAGUUAAAGGGGAAAUCAGAGAUACAGGAUUGGGUCUCCCUGCUUGGCCUGCAGCCUUCAAAAAUAUAGUUGCAAGAAGUGAUAGGAAUUUGCUUGCUGACCCCAAAAAUGCCCCAUUACAGAGGUGCCCAACCAAAGCUCCGGUGCCUACAGACAAGCACAGUUCCUUAUGCCCCAUCAUGGCACCUCCCUGCCAUCAGGCUGAAGACACCGGGCCUCUCUCACAGAUGGGUGCCCUCCUAGACCAACUGUUCCAAACCCACUCAGCCUCAGUAGGGAGUGAGGAGUUCCUGAGGUUGGCAGGAGAUCUGUUUAAGCAGGGAAUAGAGGCGCAGAACCAGUGGCACCACAGACUGAUGGAGGUCCGCCAGCACAACAGAUUGGCCAAUCUGGAGAAGGCCCAGAUGCAGCUACGUUACAAUAGGAGCAGCUCAUUAUCACCAGCGCCAUUUUCUCAGGAGCAUUUCCCUCAGUUCCAGGAUGUGAGUGAAGAUAUCGAUUGGGUCCUGCUGAAUUUUGAGAAACUCUGUGCCAUGUGCAACGUGCCGGAACCAGACCGGGUCUUCUAUCUGCCCAACGCGCUCAAGAGCAAGGCGAUGGGGUGCUACGGCGAUGUGCCCAUGGGUGCCUGCUGCGAUUACCCAGCCAUAAAGGCUGCCUUGCUGAAACCGUACGACGGUGAGCCCGAGAUACACCGCGUCAAGUUCCGAGAUAUGGCGCUGAAGUCAGGAGAAACGUUCAACAGCUUCUACCAGAGACUCCAGUAUCGCUAUGACCGCUGGAUGGAGGCCUCCGACAUAAAGCAAUUCAAGGACUGCUAUCGGCCUCUGGUGUUGGAGCAACUGCUCCAGAAGUGUCCGGCUAUAGUCCGGCAGAAGGUUCUAAAGCACAAGGGCUGCUCCCCGUAUCAGGCUGCCCAAAUUGCAGACGAUCAUCUUCAUCUCCAUCCGGAACCGGCUUCUCAGCCCAGACUGGACAGAUGCCCUCCCCCACCCAUAACAGAUAAAAAUACAGAUGCCUCUCUGCUUCAACAUUGGUCCACGGACAAUGAAAGCAUCUUGGAUUUCCUGGAUUUAUUCGAGUGCCGUUCCACCUUCCAUCAACUGCCCAAAUCCCAAUGGGUCAAGUAUUUAUGUGGCAAACUGAAGGGCAAAGUGCUGGACGUCUGCCUGUCCGUCCCACAAGAACACAAGCGCGAUUAUGAUUUUGUAAAGGCAGAAAUUUUAAGGUUCUACGGAAUCACCCCGGAGACCCAUCGGAUCAAGUUCCGGACCAUCCAACGUCAGGAUGAUCAACCCUUCACGGCUUUUUAUCAGAACCUUCUGUGCCACUAUAAUAGGUGGAUGGCGGCCUGUGAAGUGCAGACAAUUGAGCAGUGCGCCAACCUGAUGGUGGUGGAACAACUGCUCACUCGGUGCCCCCCUGAGGUACAGGGAAGGGUGACUUCUAUGCAAAAGCCCCCAACGCCAGAAGCCAUAGCCAGAAUUGCCGAUAAGUAUAUGAUCCUCCAUGCGGAUCUGCAGCAGAACCUCACCCCCCAUGAAACCGGUCCCUGAGGCGCCACCGACUGUAAGGAGGCCAAGCCAAGUGGCUUUCCAAGAUGGAAGAAAGCAAGGACCGAGAAAUGAGCAGAAAAGCUGGCCAAGGCCAAGAUAUGCAAGUUAAUUGUCCUGGGCAACCCCAAAAUCAGUUCAGGGGAACCAGGUCUUCCCUUAGCCAUGUUGGGCAUGACUCUAAUGCCUUCCCUUAGCCAUGUUGGGCAUGACUCUAAUGCCUUCCCUUAGCC